UUUAUCCGAUUUUGUUUAUGAACUGACCUAACCUAACCUAAAGAAAUCUACUGGUUGCAUGUUGGUGUUAAUGACCUACAGAGCAGUGCUACGUGGAUGUUAAAAUGGACAACUUAAAAAAUUAGUAUAUUUUUAAAAAAUGUGUAUCCUUAUCUACUAAACAAAAUAAAUGGAAAAUAUAAAUAAUAGGAAACAUAAACAAAAAACAAUAGAUCAAUGUGGUGAUAAUGAAAACAAAAAUGAAAAAAACACGACUGAAAAUGUGAUCCAGGAAUCAUGUAAGAAUCUCAAAGGUGAUGUUUUAAACUAUUCGAAUGAUAAGAAAACAAACAAAAUUACGAACCAUAUACCUCGUGAAGAAAAAACUAAAUUCCUCCGAAUAAAUUUUGAAAUUGAUCUGCUCUCAGUUGGCCUCUUUUUAUGUGGCUUAUUGACUCGAAUGUACAAAUUAGAAGAACCCAAAAAUAUAGUAUUUGAUGAACUGCAUUAUGGCAAAUAUGUCUCAUUAUACAUGAAAAACACGUUUUUCUUCGAUUCGCAUCCACCACUGGGAAAGCAGCUCAUAGCCGCAGUAGCUUAUUUAGCCGGGUUUGAUGGAAAAUUUAAAUUUGAUAAAAUAGGUAGUCCUUACCCAGAGACUAUUCCAUUACUUGCUUUACGUUUUGUCCCUGCAUUUUUUGGUAGCUUAAUAAUUCCAGCUUCGUAUCAUUUGAUGUUAGAAUUAGGGUUAACGCAAUGGACGUCUUUAUUGGCAGCCAUUCUUUUAUUACUUGAUAAUGCUUUACUCACUCAAAGCAGAUUUAUAUUAAUGGAAUCAAUGUUGCUAUUUUUUGCUUUGUUUGGAAUUUUUUGUAUUUUGAAAUUCCGUCAUUAUUAUUCCAGGCCUUACACUCCUUUGUGGUUUUUUUGGUUGAGUUUGGGAUCAGUUUCUUUAACUUGUGCGUUGUCUGUAAAGUAUGUUGGUUUUUACUCAAUAUGUCUGGGAAUUGCUAUUAUUGGUCGAGAUUUUUGGAAAUUGUUGUCUUCAUCAACGCUUUCAGAUUCUGCCCUUUUUGUUCGAUUUGUUGUACAAAGUGUCACUGCCAUUUUCAUAUCUACUCUGAUUUAUUUAUGUAUUUUUUAUAUACAUUUGAAUGUUUUGUACAAAGCGGGACCACAUGAUAGCAUAAUGACCAGCGCAUUCCAAGCCUCCUUAGAAGGCGGUUUAGCUUCAAUUACUAAAGGACAACCAUUGCUUGUGGCACAUGGAUCUCAAAUUACUUUAAGACAUACUCAUGGAAGAACUUGCUGGAUGCAUUCUCACAACCAAGUUUAUCCAAUAAGAUAUCCUGACAAAAGAGGAUCUAGUCAUCAACAACAAGUCACUUGCUAUUCCUUCAAAGAUGUAAAUAACUGGUGGAUUGUGAAGAGACCUAACAAACAUGAUCUUGUUGUUGAACAACCCAUAGAUGUAAUAAACCAUGGAGAUGUUAUUCAGUUGGUUCAUGGUAUAACCAGCCGUGCCUUAAAUUCUCACGAUGUGGCUGCUCCAGUUUCACCACAGUGUCAAGAAGUAUCAUGUUACAUAGACUACAACGUAUCCAUGCCGGCACAAAAUCUAUGGAGAGUGGAGAUUCUGAAUAAAGAUCAAAAUGGAGAAAGUUGGCAUACAAUACAAUCAUUGAUAAGACUGAUUCAUGUUGACACAAAUACGGCUCUUAAAUUUACAGGCCGACAGUUACCAGAUUGGGGCUUCCAUCAACAUGAAGUUGCUGCUGAUAGAAUUAUUAAUCAAGAUGAUACAGUGUGGAACGUUGAGGAACAUCGUUACACAAAAUCUGAGGAUCAAAAAGAACGUGAAAGAGAAUUAGUAACUGCUGAAAUGAUCCCGACUGCAGCGACUUCUUUGACAUUUUGGGAAAAGUUUUUUGAAUUGCAUUAUAAAAUGAUGUUUUCUGGUACUGAAAGUGUGCAGAAUCACAUGUACAGUUCCGAACCUUUUGAAUGGCCGUUAAUGUCACGUGGAAUUGCAUAUUGGGUUUCUUCAACUAGUAAUGCUCAAAUUCAUCUCAUAGGAAAUUUAUUGCUCUGGUAUUCUGGAACAAUUGGACUUCUUAUAUAUUUUGUUUUGUUAAUAUUUUAUCUUCUUCGACGUAGGAGAUUAUGUUAUGAUCUGGAUGAAAACACGUGGGAACAGUUUCAACUCAUUGGUGAAUUAUUUUUGAUAGGUUAUUUAUUUCACUAUAUACCUUAUUUUUUUGUUGAACGUACUUUAUUUUUACAUCAUUAUUUGCCAGCUUUUACUUUCAAAACACUAUUACUGGCUGCAUUAAUUGAACAUAUUCAUUAUUUAAAUACUCAUAUUUUUAAAGUCAAGUUUUUUAAUUAUAUAUUUAUUUUACUCAUAUCUUUGUGGCUUUUAUCUAUUUUUUACGUUUUUCUUAAAUUUACUGUACUGUGUUAUGGUGCAACUCCUUUAACAACUAAUGACAUAAUAAAUUUGAGGUGGAAAGACACAUGGGACUUUAUAGUACACAAAAACUAAUCAACAAAUCUCAGUUUUACACUAUUAAAUUUUUUGAAACUUAUAAUUUAUAGGUGUUGAAUUUUUGAAAAAUUAUAUAUUUUUAUAUUACAUUUUUACGAAUAUAAGAAACGUUAUCUUUUAUAUGUACUUUAUUAGAAAUGAAUAAACGACCUUAAAUAUGCAAAAAUAUUUCAAUCAAACCUAAGCCAUUUAAGCUGUAUCCAUAUGUUCAGGCUCAAUCGGGUGCACAGUUACGUCAACAACUUCAACAUCAAUAGUUUUACUACUCAGGACAGCAGUGGUCCCUUUUGGAUAACGAUAUGACGACUGACGAACUCCUUUCUUGUUAGCUUCAUCAAAAGUUCUGCGAUAAUCCACUGAUCCUUUACGAAUAAUGCAAAUGUCCACAUUUGAACCAGACCCAA